AUGAAGGAAGCGAUCGUUGCGAAAGGCCCCAAGGUCACGAUUCACCAUGUGCCAGUACCACGAGCAGGACCAGGACAAGUGGUCACAAAGGUAGUAUACAGUGGUAGCAACCCCAAAGACUGGAAGCGCGCAGCAAUGCGAGAUGCCCAACCUGCGAAUCAAGGCGAUGACAUCUCAGGCGUUGUGCACGAGGUCGGCGAGGGCGUCAUUGAGUUUAAGCCCGGCGAUCGCGUCUUUGCCUUCCACGAAAUGCUCAAGCCGGGAGGAAGCUACGCAGAAUAUGCUCUUUCAUGGGCCGCGACAACGGCGCACCUGCCAGAGAAUAUAUCCUUCCAAGAAGGCGCCGCGAUUCCUCUCGCAGCACUCACAGCCGCUGUAGGACUCUUCGCCCGACUCCAGCUUCCGCCGCCCUUCCUCCCUCGACCGAAAGACUCAAACCCCUUACCACUAAUCAUCUACGGCGCUGCAUCUGCAGUAGGUUCCUACGCCGUACAACUUGCAACUCGCGCGAAUAUCCACCCAUUGCUCUGCGUCGCAGGAAACGGCGCUGCCCACGUUGAGAAAUACAUCGAUCGAAGGAAAGGCGACACCAUAAUCGACUACCGAAACGGCAACGACGAAGUCGUCAAAAAUCUCAAAGAAGCAGCACAAGACAAAAAGCUAGAAUACGCCUUCGACGCCGUCAGCGAAAAAGGCAGCGUCCAAAACCUCGCCCAAGUCCUCGCUCAAGAAACCGGACAAGUGACAUUCGUCUUACCAGGCAAGAAAUACGAUCUCCCAGGGAAAAUCCGACACACCCUCACCACGGUCGGAUCCGUGCACGGCUUCCCUGACGAUCUCAAAGACUUUGGAUACGUGUAUUUCCGGUAUAUCGCCAAAGGGUUGCAAGAGGGAUGGUUCAAAGCUCAGCCGCAAGAAGUUAUACCUGGUGGGCUGGAAGGUGUUGAGCAGGGAUUGCGGAAUCUUAAGGAGGGGAGGGCUUCGGCUGUGAAAUAUGUUUUUAAAAUCGAGGAUACUCCGGGACUUACAGAGUAG